UGCACAAACUAGAUCUGUCGUUAGACGGAAGAUGAUAGGUGAAACGACCUUGCGGUGUCGCGUCUCUAUCGAAUGCAUCGCGUGCUGUUGGUGAACAUCACGUACAGUGUGCAGGACGACAGUUGGUGAACAUCACGUACUGUGUGGAUGACGACAGUUGGUGAACAUCACGUACAGUGUGGAGGACGGCAGUUGGUGAACAUCACGUACAGUGUGGAUGACGACAGUUGGUGAACAUUACGUACAGUGUGGAGGACGACAGUUGGUGAACAUCACGUACAGUGUGGAGGACGACAGUUGGUGAACAUCACGUACAGUGUGGAGGACGACAGUUGGUGAACAUCACGUACAGUGUGGAGGACGACAGUUGGUGAACAUCACGUGAAGUGUUGAUGACGACAGUUGGUGAACAUCACGUACUGUGUGGAUGACGACAGUUGGUGAACAUCGCGUACUGUGUGGAGGACGACAGUUUGUGAACAUCACGUACAGUGUGGAUGACAACAGUUGGUGAACAUCACGUACAGUGUUGAGGACGACUGUUAGUGAACAUCGCGUACAGUGUGGAUGACGGCAUUUGGUGAACAUCGCGUGCAGUGUUGAGGACGACAUUUGGUGUACGGGCCAAAGCAGACAAGAAUCAGGACUAUAAAGUUUCCGCGGACUGAGAGUGGAUGCUGCGUGGGAAGGCUCCAGGAUGUCCCUUUGGAGGCUGUGUGCUGGGGUUCUGUUGAUGUGUUCGGUUCUGUCGGGGUCUGAUGCAGCACUCGAUGCCGCUACUGAGGGCAACUGGACCUUUCCAUGCUGCCAUAUAACAGGGGGAAACCUCACCUACAUCCCAAGGAUAAAUAUCACAUGCGAUUGCUUGAACUUCUCAAACAACACCCUAAGAAAUAUAACCAACGAAACAUUCAAAAACAUAACCUUCGUAAAAAGUUUAAUACUUCACAAAGAUAAGAUCCGGAACAUAUCAAGUUAUGCCUUCAGGAAUCUUACAUCUUUAAAAUACCUCGAUCUUCAAUACAAUUUUAUCUAUCCACAUGACCUUGUUAUCGCAUUCCAAAGUUUACACCACAAUAUUCAGAUCAUCAACUUAUCGCGAAACAGACUGAAAAGGUUCAAUGGUUUCGUUGACGUCCUCAUUGGAAAAAACAUCACAACACUGACUCUGGAAUACUGUCGUAUCGAACAAACGUUAAACUUUUCCGAACUUUCUUUGCUUAAGCCAUUGCGUGUUUUAUCGAUGGGGCACAACGCCCUGUACACAACCACUGGUCAUGUGCCCUCACACCUGACGAACAUCACGUUACGUGACAACUACUUAAGACACCUGCCAAGAUUCUGUAGCAAUCACACCAAGGUCUCCCAGCUCAGAUACCUCGACUUAUGUGACAACAACAUUUACUGCCUACCACGACUCCAUAUUGAAUGUCUUACAAGUCUGGAGUAUCUUUAUAUCACGAACAACCAAGUGGGGGUGAUUGGAUCCAGUACGUUUACGUCGCUGCCGCGACUUGGGGUCAUCUACCUGGAGAACGUCUUCGAAAACGCCAAUGGGCAUGUUUACAGUUAUGCUUUUAAUAACAGCGUUAUUAAAUCGCUGAUUCUGAAUAGCCUUACUGCAUAUGGUUCUUUCAUCGGUACAGUCGACCCUGCAUGUUUAGGAGGGUGUGGCGGGUUGUUGGAACUGUCUUUGUGCUACAAUGACAUGGCUGAUGCAAAUAAUACUUUUUUGAUACACUUCUUGGAAAUCUCAGUACUGUUCAGACCUUGAGAUUAGCACAUUGCCAAUUGUAUUUUCUACCGAAGGUGGUAUCCAACCUCCUGCAGUUGGAAAAGCUUGACGUUCACGGAAACCGCAUACUGCUGUUAGAAGAUGGGAUGUUUGAUAAUUUGAAGAAUCUGAAAACCAUCGAUGUUUCAAAAAAUGCAUUGCUAAUGGUGCUUGAAUCGGUCUUCCCACUAAAUCUUCGAAACCAACUUGUUACAGUCAAAUUAGAAUACAACAGUUAUAUAUGCAAGUGCGUAAAUCUGUGGUUCAUAGAAUGGGUUACAGGGUCCGGAAAGUUUUCCAAUCUCGAUUCCUACAGGUGUGGUUACCCGCCUAACUUGCAGUCCAUUUCCAUAUUCGACGCUGGUGUGUCUGAACAACACUGUCGGAUGUCCCCCUUGACGUUCCCAAUAAUUUUCGGACUCUCGGUCCCCACUCUCGUGCUACUCAUUCUUAUCUCCCUUGCCUAUAGGUGGCGCUGGCACAUCCGGUAUUAUGUGUUUAUGCUGCGAUACAAGAAGAGGAAUAAUGAAGACGUGCAGAUGACCUUCACAUUUGACGCGUUUGUUCUCUAUUGUGAUGAAGAUUCCAGCUGGGUGAGACACCACCUUCUACCAAGUGUUGAAGUAGACGACAGUCUACAGCUAUGCAUCCACGAGAGGAACUUCACGCCUGGACGGUACAUUGUUGACAACAUCAUGGAUAAUCUAGAAAACAGCAGAAAGGUUGUCCUUGUGUUGUCCAACAACUUCAGCCAGAGUCCGUGGUGCCAGUUUGAGUUGACCUUGGUCCAGAAACGUGCUCUGGAGAGAGAGUUCUACGUGGUUGUUAUUGUCCUGGAGGAGAUGGACGACCGAUACAUGACCUCAUCACUGUACGCACUGCUGCAGACGACAACCUACAUCAAGUGGCCGGGGGAAGAAGAACACAGGUGUAUGUUCUGGACUCGUCUGAAACAGUGCCUGCAGCAGUAAUGUGCAUCUCUUGCUGUCAUGUAUACACAACGUAAGGCUGGAAACCCAUCUAUCCGGACUAGUACUGUAUGUUUAUGUCAAAACAUCUACAAAAAACAUUACUGUUCAUUCACUUUAAAUACAUUCAUUACUUGCUGUUGUGUAUAUAUAUGUUACUCACACGUCUGAGACAGUCUUGUAGCUGUGAGGUUCAUUUCUUGCUGUUGUGUACAUAGAUGUUGCCACACGUCUGAGAUAGUGUUGUAGCUGUGAGGUUCAUAUCUUGCUGUUGUGUAUAUAUAUGUUACCACACGCCUGAGACAGUCUUGUAGCUGUGAGGUUCAUAUCUUGCUGUUGUAUACAUAGAUGUUACCCACACGUCUGAGACAUAGGUGUAGCUGUGCGGUUCAUAUCUUGCUGUUGUAUACAUAGAUGUUACCAACACGUCUGAGACAGUGUUGUAGCUGUGCGGUUCAUAUCUUGCUGUUGUGUAUAUAGAUGUUACUCACACGUCUGAGAUAGUGUUGUAGCUGUGAGGUUCAUAUCUUGCUGUUGUGUAUAUAUAUGUUACCACACGCCUGAGACAGUCUUGUAGCUAUGAGAUUCAUAUCUUGCUGUUGUAUACAUAGAUGUUACCCACACGUCUGAGACAUAGGUGUAGCUGUGAGGUUCAUAUCUUGCUGUUGUGUAUAUAGAUGUUACCCACACGUCUGAGACAGUGGUGUAGCUGUGAGGUUCAUAUCUUGCUGUUGUAUACAUAGAUGUUACCCACACGUCUGAGACAUAGGUGUAGCUGUGCGGUUCAUAUCUUGCUGUUGUAUACAUAGAUGUUACCAACACGUCUGAGACAGUGUUGUAGCUGUGCGGUUCAUAUCUUGCUGUUGUGUAUAUAGAUGUUACUCACACGUCUGAGAUAGUGUUGUAGCUGUGAGGUUCAUGUCUUGCUGUUGUGUAUAUAUAUGUUACCACACGCCUGAGACAGUCUUGUAGCUGUGAGGUUCAUAUCUUGCUGUUGUAUACAUAGAUGUUACCCACACGUCUGAGACAUAGGUGUAGCUGUGCGGUUCAUAUCUUGCUGUUGUAUACAUAGAUGUUACCCACACGUCUGAGACAGUGUUGUAGCUGUGCGGUUCAUAUCUUGCUGUUGUGUAUAUAGAUGUUACCACACCGUCUGAGACAGUGUUGGAGCUGUGAGGUUCAUAUCUUGCUGUUGUGUAUAUAGAUGUUACCAACACGUCUGAGACAGUGUUGUAGCUGUGAGGUUCAUAUCUUGCUGUUGUGUAUAUAGAUGUUACCACACCGUCUGAGACAGUGUUGGAGCUGUGAGGUUCAUAUCUGGCUGUUGUGUAUAUAGAUGUUACCCACACGUCUGAGACAGUCUUGCAGCUGUGAGAUUCAUAUCUUUCUGUUGUGUAUAUUGAUGUCGCCCACACGUCUGAGACAGUGGUGUAGCCGUGAGGUUCAUAUCUGGCUGUUGUAUACAUAGAUGUCGCCCACACGUCUGAGAGAGUGGUGUAGCUGUGCGGUUCAUAUCUUUCUGUUGUGUAUAUAGAUAUUAUUCGACACUUCUUAGGCAGUGUUGUAGCUGAGGUCAGUAGCUUGCUGUUGUGUAUACAUGUGUUGCUCCACACCUCUGAGACAGUGUUAUAGAUGUUAUUCCACACAACUAAGAUAGUGUUGUAGCUGCGAGGUUCAUAUCGUGACGAACCAUCUCCCAUAUCAUACUAUGAAAUGUUUUCCUUGCAUGUCAGUAUCCACACUCAAUGUUUAGUUCAUAUUAUAGACUUAAGUUAAACAUGUUGGUGUACAUCAGGAUGGAACGAGUGACAGUUUAUUCUGAAUGUCAUGUAAUGUUGCUUUUAUCAUAUCAACUCAAGAAUAAAUACAUCAAGCGUAGCGCGUGUUUGCGUUACUGGAUGAACGAGCACCUGUUACACAGCAAGAUUCCUGUAAAUUGCCUCUGUGUAAUGAAUGUUCUUUAUCGCUGUAGUCACAGCAAUAUAGAGUAUGUUUAAAAACAGGUAAACCAGUGGUUGACAGCAUGAACACCGUUGUCGGAGAAUGACCGUCAUGCACGCCGUCAGGAUACACCGACCUACAUGUCACACGCUGCAACUAGCGACACAGUGUUGCUUUCAGUUGGAAUUGUUUUUUGUUUAGGCUAGACCAAAUUAAUAUAUUAUAUUAUUAAUUGCUUUGGUCAAUAAUAUGUGCUAACUCGCUCGAAUAAGAAUAGGUCCCCAGUAACUUAUACUUGGUGACGUGGUUUAUUGUGUGUCAACGUCCCCCGAAGGCAUGGAUCUUUGCUCACAAUAUCAAUCACUGGAUUGUCUCGAUUAUUUAAAGGCCGCUGGAAUAUACCUGGAGUAAUACAACACAAACGCACGCGCAC